CCUUUUCGUAUCAUGCCACUUCAUCUUCCCCCACUCCAUGGCUGCCACCACCAACAACAUCGGCGUCAACUACGGCACCGUCGCGGACAACCUCCCACCACCAUCAACAGUGGCGUCCUUCCUCAAAUCUCACACCAGAAUUGACCGCGUCAAAAUCUUCGACGCAAAUCCUGACAUACUUGGGGCGUUCGCCAACACAGGAAUCUCUAUCACCAUAACAGUAGGAAACGGCGACAUCCCUUCCCUCUCAAAGCUGCCUGCAGCACAAGCAUGGGUCUCCACCAACAUCCUCCCUUUCCACCCUCAAACUGCUGUUAUCCGCAUCGCCGUAGGAAACGAAGUAGUUGCCACCUCCGACAAAACCUUAAUAGCUCACAUUCUUCCAACCAUGAAAUCCCUCCACCAAGCACUAACCAUGGCCAACCUCUCUCACAUUCAAGUCUCCACCCCUCACUCUUUGGGAAUCUUAUCCUCGUCGGAGCCUCCUAGCGCCGGUGCUUUCCGGCGCGGCUAUGACCACGCCAUUUUCGUGCCCAUUCUCGAGUUUCACCGCCAAACAAAAUCCCCUUUCAUGGUUAAUCCGUACCCAUUCUUUGGGUUUUCACCUACCCAACCUGAGAGCCUGGACUACGCGCUUUUUAAACCAAACGGCGGCGUUUUUGACUCAGUCACUGGGGUGAACUACACGAACAUGUUUGAUGCUCAAAUGGACGCGGUUUUCUCCGCGAUGAAGAAGUUGGGGUAUGAUGACGUGGAACUUGUGGUAGCGGAAACGGGUUGGCCCUCUGCGGGUGAACCGAACCAACCAGGUGUUAGCAUAGAGAAUGCAGAGUUGUAUAAUGGAAAUCUUAUUAGGCACGUUAACUCGGGAAAAGGAACACCUUUGAUGGGUAAUAGAACCUUUGAGACUUACGUGUUCUCGUUGUUCAAUGAGAACUUGAAGCCCACCGUUUCGGAGAGGAAUUACGGAUUGUUUAAACCUGAUCUUAUCCCUGUUUAUGAUGUGGGCAUUUUCACAGCCCAACAGGCGCAGGGUCCCACAUCUGAAAGCAGUGCACCAGAACCGGAAGCGUCAGGGUCAGGUGAAUCAACAUCUUCAAAGAAGUGGUGCGUGCCGAAACCGGCUACAACUGAUGCAGUAUUGCAGGCCAAUAUUGACUACGUUUGCAGUAGUGGGGUAGAUUGUGGGCCCAUUAAGGAUGGUGGGCCUUGCUUUCAGCCCAAUACUGUUAGGGCCCAUGCCUCCUAUGCCAUGAACGCAUAUUACCAGGCAUCUGGUCGCCACCCUUCCGACUGUGAUUUCAACCACACUGGACUCAUCAGUACCACUGACCCUAGUUAUGGGACAUGUAGGUAUCCAUAUGAAGAUGAUGGGGCUGGGCAGAAGGUGAGAAAGCCUGACACAGAUGCAUCACUCAAAAGUAGCUCUUGCAACACUGCAUCCAAUGCCUUUUUAUUGCCUAUGUUCCUCUCACUGUUAUGGAUGUGCAUAGUAUAGUAUUUUUAUUUUUUGGGUAGUAAACUCUCAUUUGGAUAUAUAGUAGCCCUGCCCAGUUUAAAGUUAUUUAUAUAAAUCAAUAGAUUUAC